GACAGUCGACUAUUCAGCCUUGCAGGCGCCUCUGGCGGGCUUCACUGAGAUCCGCUCUUUCGGUGCUCGACUCGCCCGUGCUGCUGCCGCCGCCGAAGGAGGGGCAAAGCUCAAGAUGGCGGACAAAACGCCAGGCGGAUCUCAGAAGGCCAGUUCAAAGACGAGAUCAUCAGAUGUUCAUUCAUCUGGAUCUUCUGAUGCACAUAUGGAUGCAUCUGGACCCUCAGAUGGUGAUAUGCCAAGUCGGACACGACCUAAGAGCCCAAGAAAACAUAAUUAUAGGAAUGAAAGUGCCCGUGAAAGCCUUUGUGAUUCUCCUCAUCAGAAUCUCUCAAGACCUCUUCUGGAAAACAAACUUAAAGCAUUCAGUAUUGGAAAAAUGAGUACAGCUAAGCGAACUUUAAGUAAAAAGGAACAGGAAGAAUUAAAGAAAAAGGAGGAUGAAAAGGCAGCUGCUGAGAUUUAUGAGGAGUUUCUUGCUGCUUUUGAAGGAAGUGAUGGUAAUAAAGUGAAAACAUUUGUGCGAGGUGGUGUUGUUAAUGCAGCUAAAGAAGAACAUGAAACAGAUGAAAAAAGAGGUAAAAUCUAUAAGCCAUCUUCAAGAUUUGCAGAUCAAAAAAAUCCUCCAAAUCAGUCUUCCAAUGAAAGACCACCAUCUCUUCUUGUGAUAGAAACCAAAAAACCUCCACUUAAAAAAGGAGAGAAAGAAAAGAAAAAAAGCAAUUUGGAGCUCUUCAAAGAAGAAUUAAAGCAAAUUCAAGAGGAACGUGAUGAGAGACAUAAAACGAAAGGCAGAUUAAGUCGAUUUGAACCUCCUCAGUCAGAUUCUGAUGGUCAGCGUCGUUCUAUGGACGCGCCUUCAAGAAGAAAUAGAUCAUCUGUUCUUGAUGAUUACGCACCUGGCUCACAUGAUGUAGGAGAUCCAAGCACUACUAAUUUAUACCUUGGAAACAUUAACCCACAGAUGAAUGAAGAAAUGCUGUGCCAAGAAUUUGGAAGAUUUGGACCGUUAGCCAGUGUGAAAAUCAUGUGGCCUAGAACUGAUGAAGAAAGAGCCAGAGAAAGAAAUUGUGGCUUUGUGGCCUUUAUGAAUAGAAGAGAUGCUGAAAGAGCUUUAAAAAAUUUGAAUGGAAAAAUGAUUAUGUCUUUUGAAAUGAAGUUAGGUUGGGGUAAAGCUGUACCUAUUCCUCCACAUCCAAUAUACAUUCCGCCUUCUAUGAUGGAACAUACGCUUCCCCCACCUCCAUCCGGACUGCCUUUUAAUGCGCAGCCUAGAGAGCGGUUAAAAAACCCUAAUGCUCCUAUGUUACCGCCACCUAAAAACAAAGAGGAUUUUGAGAAGACUCUGUCGCAAGCCAUAGUCAAAGUGGUUAUCCCAACAGAAAGGAAUUUGCUCGCCCUGAUACAUCGAAUGAUAGAGUUUGUUGUACGUGAAGGGCCAAUGUUUGAAGCUAUGAUUAUGAACAGAGAAAUCAACAAUCCUAUGUUCAGGUUCUUAUUUGAAAACCAGACACCAGCCCAUGUUUACUAUAGGUGGAAGCUUUAUUCUAUUCUGCAGGGAGAUUCUCCAACUAAAUGGCGGACAGAAGAUUUUCGUAUGUUCAAAAAUGGAUCUUUUUGGAGGCCACCACCAUUAAAUCCGUACUUGCAUGGAAUGUCAGAAGAGCAAGAAACAGAAGCUUUUGUAGAGGAACCUAGUAAAAAGGGAGCACUUAAGGAAGAACAGAGGGAUAAAUUGGAAGAAAUCUUACGGGGAUUAACUCCAAGGAAAAAUGAUAUUGGAGAUGCAAUGGUUUUCUGUCUUAAUAAUGCUGAAGCUGCUGAAGAAAUAGUGGAUUGCAUUACGGAGUCGUUGUCCAUCUUAAAGACACCCCUUCCUAAAAAGAUUGCCAGAUUAUAUUUGGUUUCUGAUGUUUUGUACAACUCUUCAGCCAAAGUUGCUAAUGCUUCAUAUUAUAGAAAAUUUUUUGAAACAAAGUUAUGUCAGAUAUUUUCAGACCUCAAUGCCACCUAUCGUACAAUUCAAGGCCAUUUACAAUCUGAAAACUUUAAGCAACGGGUAAUGACUUGCUUCAGAGCAUGGGAAGAUUGGGCAAUUUAUCCAGAACCAUUUUUGAUCAAACUACAAAAUAUUUUCUUAGGACUUGUAAAUAUUAUUGAAGAAAAGGAAACAGAGGAUGUUCCAGAUGACCUUGAUGGUGCCCCCAUCGAGGAAGAGCUUGAUGGUGCACCUCUGGAAGAUGUAGAUGGAAUUCCUAUUGAUGCUACUCCCAUCGAUGAUCUUGAUGGAGUCCCUAUAAAAAGUCUUGAUGAUGAUCUUGAUGGAGUGCCUUUGGAUGCAACUGAAGACUCAAAGAAGAAUGAGCCUAUAUUUAAAGUUGCCCCAUCAAAAUGGGAAGCUGUGGAUGAAUCUGAAUUGGAAGCACAGGCUGUUACAACUUCUAAAUGGGAAUUAUUUGACCAGCAUGAAGAAUCAGAAGAAGAAGAAAAUCAAAAUCAAGAAGAAGAAAGUGAAGAUGAAGAAGAUACUCAAAGUUCCAAAUCUGAAGAACAUCAUUUGUACUCUAAUCCAAUCAAAGAAGAAAUGACUGAGUCUAAGUUCUCUAAGUACUCUGAAAUGAGUGAGGAAAAACGAGCCAAACUUCGUGAAAUUGAGCUCAAAGUUAUGAAGUUUCAGGAUGAAUUGGAAUCUGGGAAAAGACCUAAAAAACCAGGCCAGAGUUUUCAGGAGCAAGUAGAACACUACAGAGAUAAACUUCUUCAACGAGAGAAAGAGAAGGAGUUAGAAAGAGAACGAGAAAGAGACAAGAAAGAUAAAGAAAAAUUGGAAUCUCGCUCCAAAGACAAGAAGGAAAAAGAUGAGUGUACUCCGACAAGGAAGGAAAGGAAGAGGCGACACAGUACAUCCCCCAGCCCAUCUCGCAGUAGCAGUGGUAGACGAGUGAAAUCCCCAUCACCAAAAUCGGAGCGAUCAGAGCGUUCAGAAAGAUCUCAUAAAGAGAGCUCACGGUCCAGGUCAUCUCACAAAGAUUCUCCUAGAGAUGUUAGCAAAAAAGCCAAAAGAUCACCAUCUGGUUCAAGGACACCUAAAAGGUCUAGGCGAUCACGGUCUAGAUCCCCUAAAAAAUCAGGAAAGAAGUCCAGAUCCCAGUCCAGAUCUCCACACAGGUCUCAUAAAAAGUCAAAGAAAAACAAACACUGACGUAAAUUUUUAAGAUGCUGUCACUUAUUGGAAAUGCGAUUUGUUUUGUGCCUGAACGGUCUGUUUUUUAAAAAAAACAAAAAAUCAAAUGAAAGAGCAUUCCUGGGGUUUUUUGUUUGUUUGUUUGUGUAUGCAUGUGUAAACUCAUGAGCAACUGCAUCUGUAGAUCUGUCAUUGUUUUAUAUUGUGUAAAUUACUUUCAUUGUGGCUAUUUCUCAAGAUGAAAUUUUUAUUGUUCUAAUGGAUUUCAUCAGAAAUGUGUAUAAUGGAUCUGCUGACAGUAGUAGUAUUUUGUUUUAGGAUGUUGUGACUUAGCAAAAAUAAUACAGAUGUCUUCCCCCCUUUUGUAGCUUUGACAAUUUGAAUUAGAUUUCAAAUAAAAUCUGAACAGAAAACUA